CCCACUACUAAUUUCAACGGAAAUUGUGGGCAUACUUUGUUAACUCGUUAACGUGGUUUCGAUGCUUUUAACGAUAAAGGGGUUUCCCUCACUUUAUAUUAUAAAGCAACCAUCCGAUAUAUCCAGCUCGUUGGGGUCACAACACAAACAAGCCCAAAAUAAAUAAAAAACAAGUGAAGAAAAGAGAAAUAAUUGCCGACAUCGGCAGAUCAGCGGAGCGGAGAAGACCGGCAACCGUUGUACCCUCUAGAGAAGUACAACUGCGAUCCUAGAAUUUCGAGGCGUUGCAUACCAAGCAACAUCUUUAAGAAGGAAUGUGACGACGCUGUUGCUCGAACAAGUCUUAGGGUUUGAUCCGGUAUGCUGUUGAACUUCACUAAGCACCCGUCAAGUGUUGUAUGGUAGACUGACACUGCUUGCAAGUUGCAAGUGUUGUAUGGUAGAUUGAUAGUGCUUGCAAGUUGCACGUGUUGUAUGGUAGACUGAUAGUGCUUGCAAGUUGCAAGUGUUGUAUGGUACUGAUAGUGCUUGCAUGCACUGAUUAGCUAGGCGUGCGUAUGCAUCCUUGGAUCAAGUCGAAUUUGGCAGCUGCUUUUUUCUUUUUCUUUUGAGAAAUAGUACUUGGCAGCUGCUGCAGGCUGCAGCAAGAGAACACAGCGUCGUCCAAUUCCAGCUUGAAUUAUUGGGUCGCAAAAAUAAGAGAAAAGAACGCGAACACAACCCAGCAUGGGCCAUAACUUGUCAGGUGGCAAAAAGGAGCGAAGCCUGAGGCCCAUUUCGGGCCUGUUCGGGAGGCCGAAACCCUCGAGCAGUGCCGCCUUCCCCUCCCCUCCGCCUCCGCCUCCGGCAUUCUCGUCUCCGGCGAUUGCCAGUCCGCCGCCAACGCUCUUGCGAUGUCGCCCUCGAAGCCUCCCCCGGCCGCCUCCAGCUCCGGCGACCUGCCCGCGGACGCGCUGUACGAGGUCCUCCUACGCAUCCCGGCCAAGGAGCUCUGCCGCCUCCGCGCCGUCUGCCCCGCCUGGUGCGCCCUCACCUCCGACCGGCACUUCGUCGCGGCGCACAAGUCCCGCCACCGCACUUCGCCGCCCCUCCUCGCCAUGGGCUACCGCGACGAUAGUGGGGUCAGCGGCGUUGCGAUUUCGGAUCUGUCGGGCAACGUCGUGAAGAGGAUUCCAAGCACCGGGUAUGAGAUUGUUACGGUGAGCAAGUCGGGUGAUCCCAUUGGCCGGAUGUCAAGCAAGGACGAUAGCCUCUGUACGUGUUGUGCGCACGCGGCUAGACCUCGUCUGUUUCAACUGGAUUGAUUACCCUCAGGCCUUCUCGGUGCUGAACCCGGCAACUGGAGCUAUUAUCGACUUGCCGACCGGCCGCUCGGACGAAUUGGAGCAUGAGCUAGAGGUGGGGGGAAUAGACAAAUGGCGCUGUCAUUUCGAGUCGUGUGCUUUUGGGCAGGUCUCCUCUACCAGAGAGUACAAGGCGCUCCGCAUCUGUAGCAUUCCUGACCGGCUGGUAUGUGAGGUUAUCACCUUUGAUGACACCAACCAUGGAAGCUGGAGGAGAAAGCAGGACCCUCCGUCCCAUAUCUGUACCAGUCGCAAGAUGAGAUGUGUGGUCGUCGAUGGGGUGGUGUACUUCUUGAUGGAUUUUUUCUCCACGAACUUGAGAACUGACAUGAUAGCCAUUGAACCUGGCAGCAUAGCUUCGUUCAAUCUCGAGACAGAGGAUUGGAUGGAUGUUCUACGCGGUCCAGAGCCGGUGUACAAGUAUGUGCAAGAGCACGAGGUUUAUGGUUACGCAGAACUGGAACUCCAGCUAUCACUGGCUGAGUUGAGUGGCUCCUUGGUUAUGGUUCGUAAUAUUCAUAACAUAUCUGUUGACUUAUGGUUUUUGA